CAUCAUUCAAUAUAACGAUAACAAGACAUUAUAAAUUACAUAGGUCGCAGUAUUUUUGCUUUGCAUAAUUUCAGCAUCCAAACUCUUUGAGAUUCUUCAUUUUUAUAAUCAAUCUAAACGUCGCUCAUUGUCCGCUAAAAUGUCUGCCGAGACCGUCCCGGAGACCACCUUCCGGUCCUUUACCCCUGCCGAAGCGUCCGACUAUGCUCAAUUCCGAAAAAGUUACCAUCCCACACUGUUCAACACCAUCCUUAACCGGCAUACAUCUACCGGAGGUAAGCUUGACACCCUCCUUGAUGUUGGCUGUGGACCAGGCAUCGCCGUGCGCUCCCUGGGCACGCGCUUCCAGCACGCUAUCGGCUUUGAUCCUUCGGAGGGCAUGAUUACCAGCGCGAAGGAACUGGGCGGGACAUCUGGAAGCGGAGAGCCGAUCCGUUUCGAAGUUUCUACCGCUGAAGACCUCUCCGAAAUUCCGGACGGCAGUAUCGACCUCGUUACCGCCGCGACUGCGGCCCAUUGGUUUAAUAUGCCGGCAUUUUGGGCAAGGGCGGCGCAAGUUUUGAAGCCGGGUGGAAGCGUGGCGCUGUGGACGCAUACCAGUGCGGAGAUUGCGGAUAGCGUUCCGAAUGCCGCAGCGAUCCAGGCUGCGGUUAAAGCAUUCCAAAAGGAACAUCUCGCAAAGCAUACGGCCCCCGGGAACCUCCUAUCACAUGGCUUAUACGUUGAUCUACCAUUGCCAUGGGAUGCGGAGCCUCCUGUCGCGGAUUUCGACAAAGAAUCCCUUUCCCGGAUAGAAUUUGGAACCGGAAAUGAAGGCGCCUUACCAGGAGACCAAUUUUUCGCGGUGGGGGAGCCGGAGGUGGGCCUCGAUGAGCUGGAGGCCUUGAUGGGAACGGUGAGCACGGUGAAAAGAUGGAGGGAGGAGAACCAGGAGAAGGUUGGGACGGAGGAAGAUAUCGCGAGGCUAUUGAGAAGGAAGGUUGAGCAAUUGCUUCACGAGGCCGGAGUAGAAAAGGGGAAGGAGGUUCUUAAAAGAGCGGAACAGGGUGUGCUACUGGUGGUCAAGAAGAAGGCUUAAUUUAACUUCACAUCUUUAGAGGGCUCCGUUGGCGUAUCUGCUAUUAAGCUUUCACAUUUACUACGUCUAUAAGCCGAGUUUGGGGAUACAUUAUUAUUUGACAGAGGCCUCACCCCUAUUUCUUAG